GCCUUAUGUGCCGCUGCCGAAUCGGGACAUUUGGAGAUCGUGAAGAGGCUAUUGGAGGCGGGUGCUGAUAUCCACAAGACGUAUGGAAACAAGCAUCUGAUGCCGAUUCAAGCUGCCAAUUGGAGAGGACAUGAAGAUAUUGUACUGGUGCUGAGGAAUGCGGGUGCCAUAUGGAAUUAAGCAUGUCCUCGGGAGAAGAGUCUCCGUUUCGGGAUCCGGUUGACCCCAUCGAGCCGUCAAUUGACUAGUUGAAUCAUGAGAUGCACUUGGCAUGUCCACAUCUGGUCUUGUCGUCUCAUCUGAUAAGAUCUUUUCGAUGCUGUUCAGAUGGUUUCAGACUUCGGACGCAGAUAGAUCAAUCUACCCGCAAAAGCUUGGCAAUAGGUAGUGCCGAGUUUCAUGAAUCCGAACCCUCCCUAGCUCAUCGGAUCUCAGCAUCUUGCCUAGAUCUCGUCAGUUUCGCGAAUCGAAGGUUUUGAAUCGUGUCAUGAGGUUGCUGGUGACGAAGUGUGUGUUCCGUCUCAUGUUUUGCAUGGCCUUGGCAGAAAGGGGUCCUCGCUUACACUUCGACAACACCAAGUCAAUGCCAAGUCUAAGCCUUCACGAUGCCUUGAAGGGUUUCCAC